GAAAUCAUCUCCGAAAGAGUCUGAAAAGAUAAUCAGAAUUUAUUAAAGUUCAUUCAUUAACAUUAAUAAUCCAUAUCCCGAUGUAUGGGCAGGCGACAAUAUGUAAGAAUAUUGCGACGAUUAGUUCAGCUCCUCAAUUAAUGUGGAAUUUUUUCAAUUGCAAUAAUUUGGUGGUUGAGAACAAUUUUUAAAUGACAUAUUGCAAUAUGGAGUUGAUGGAUCGAGGGGUCAAAGAGGACAGUACUGAAUCUUCGGAUCGUUCCCACGAUUUGACGGGUUUCGCGUCGGACACGAGUGACACGAGUGAUGAUGAAAGACUAUUACCACCAGCGAAAGCCACCAACUCGAUAAAUCCAGUGUCAAGUGCAUUCUCUAUUGAUAGUAUCCUAGGAAGGAAGGAGUGCAGUCGAAGUGAGCAGGAAUCAAGUGUUGAGAAUAAUCGGGGUGACAGUGUCGGGCAGGAUGGAAGUUACUACGUUGGGCCGGUUGGGUUAUCCGGGAGUUCGGGGAGUUUCUACGAUCAGCAUACCAAUCCACUCUACAGUCCUGGAUCAGCGCCAUCAUUGCCCGAAGGGCUGCCGGAGUCACCAGGAUACUCAGCUGCCUCCCUGGCUUCGGCAUCCCUCCUCUAUGGCAGUUGGUUCACCCAAUCGAAACCUGGUCAGUUGUUCGGUCUUCAAGCACCAAAACCGAGUGGCAGACGAUCUCGAAAGCCCGGAGUUGACAGGAAACCUCGUCAAGCCUACAGUGCAAAACAGUUGGAAAGGCUUGAGUCUGAAUUCAAGAUGGAUAAAUACCUGAGUGUCAGUAAACGAAUGGAGUUGUCAAAGACCCUGAGUCUCACCGAAGUACAAAUAAAAACGUGGUUCCAAAAUCGUCGAACAAAAUGGAAGAAGCAGUUAACAUCGCGGUUAAAAAUUGCCCAGAGACAAGGACUCUUUCCUUCAGCAUACUUUUCACCUGCAACAUAUCCUCUAUUGCCUUAUUACGCAGGACCACUUAUAUUUGGUGCACCCACGGGGGACGAACCAAUGUCAGCAAGUCUCAUGAGUCAAUCACUUGGAGUUACGGAGGAACCGUGAGAAUGCAAAGAU